CAAAGACCAAAGUUUCCACCUUUUCAAAUCUCAACAAUGCAGAGGUCAACCAAAAGAUCUAAACAAGAGGAAACUGUUUCAAUCAACCAUCUAAUUUCAAAGCCAAAGUUCACAGAUGAACAAGAGUUUUCUAUUAUGGUUUCUGCUUUAACAAAUGUUAUAACAGGUGAUACAACUCAAGAAUUUCAAUAUAUAAUUUCAUCUUCUUCACCUUCUACGAGCAUGUAUAGUUUUGACCCUCCUCUGUUUCGCGUUCCAAAAGAACCAGAGCCAUGUCAGUUCUGCAAAAUAAAAGGGUGUUUAGGUUGCAAAUAUUUUGGAGCCCCAGACCCAGUUGCUGCUGCUGCUGCUGCUGAUAAUAACAACAAGGCCAAGAUUGUUGCCAAGAAAAAGAAAAAGAAUUACAGAGGAGUGAGACAGAGACCGUGGGGAAAAUGGGCAGCGGAAAUUAGAGAUCCAAGAAGGGCAGCUAGAGUUUGGCUUGGAACUUUUAAUACAGCAGAGGAUGCUGCUCGAGCUUAUGAUAAAGCUGCUAUUCAAUUUAGAGGUCCUAGAGCUAAACUUAAUUUCUCAUUUGCAGAUUAUAAAUCAAUUCAACAGCACAAUACUACCACUUCAAUAUCUUGUUCAAAGCAGCAGCAACAAGAGCCAAUACAGUUAGAGCAGGGAAUUAAAACAGAUGUUGGUAUUGGAAAAGAUGAAGAAUUCUGGGAUCAAUUAAUGAAAUGGGAUAAUGAGAUUCAAGAUUGCUUGAACAUUAUGGAUUUCAAUGGCCAUUCUUCAGAUUCUGCUGGAGGAAGUAUUGCUCAUAGCUUCCGAUGAUCACUUUCAAUUAAACAAGAAUUGGAAAGGAAAGGAGAAAAAGAACAAAAGAAUUUGUUGUAGACAGGUGUUUUUCAUUAUAAAAUUUGGGCUAUUUGUUAUUUCUAUUUAUAAAAAAAAUUAGGCACCGUACUUUAAAAAAA